AUGUUGUAUUUACUCUUUUGGAUUUUUUGUUGGGGCGUAUGUGCCGAGGAGGGUGAUAACGCCGAUUUUUUAUUUGACAACGAAUUAUUGGGGGGUGAAGUGAAUGAUAUUAUUGAUGAGUUUAAGUUGAACGAUAAUGAAGACCAUGAAGAUGACUUUGAAGAUUUUGAAUUUGACGAUUACACAACUGAUAAGAACGAAGAUAAUGCAAAUGAAGAAAAAGAAGAUAAAGAUGAUGAAAGUAAUAAAGACGAAGAAGAUGUGGGAAUGACAAAUACAGACUUUGGAUAUACGAAUGGGAUGUAUGCGAAUGAAUUUGAUGACACAAAAGAUUCAAACGAGUUUCAAUUGAAUGACGAUGGUAUCAUUGAUAAAAUCAAAGAAAAAUUAAAUAGUGGAGCACUUGGACACACAGGGAAAAAAGUUUUGAACAAAUUGGUUCAUAAAGGAUCGAAAUAUGCAAAAAAAUUCCUCAAUAAACACCUUGGUUUGGAUGAGGAUUCAACACCAUCUUACUCAAAGAAAAAAGUCAGAGGUUGCGAUGCUAGAAGCUUUUAUCACAACAUGUAUUGGAACGGCUAUGAUCAAUACUUCUUGGGAUAUGCAUCUUACCCGUACUUGUACUACAGUCCACUCAGAAGGUGGUAUUAA